AUGUGGGCAAGCAGAUUUCAGUUUUGCUUCGAGGACGUUGCAGCUGUCGGAGUGACACCCUGGGGAGUCAUGGCCCCGGAGGGUCCCCAAGAACCGAGAGGUACCCACACCAACCCGGAGAAGGUCACGGCAGAGAGGAAGGGCCGGCCUCGGAGCAUCAAAGAUAUAACUCAUACAUUUGUGAAGCAAGCAAAAAUACACGGGAUUAAGUACAUCUGCUCACAGCACUAUUCACUGCACCGCAGAGUCGUUUGGUUUUUGGCCUUUUGCACCUCGUUGGGAUUCCUAAUCUCUUGGUCCUCCAACCGGUUCCUCUAUCUUCUUUCUUUCCCGUCCCACACCCGAUUUCACAUGGACUGGACCAAGGAGCUCAACUUCCCUGCUCUCACCAUAUGCAACAACAACCCAAUCCGUUUCUACCAGUUGACCAAAAGUGACCUGUACUACGCGGGCCAGUGGCUGGGGCUUCUCACCGAGAACCGCACAGCCCGGCCUUUGGUCAUCGAGCUCAUUAAGGAAGACAGGCGGCAGUGGUUUCAGAAACUCUCCGAUUUUCGCCUCUUUUUGCCGCCUCGUAGUUUUGAAGGAAUCAGCCUGAAUUUCAUGGAUCGCUUGGGCCACCAGUUGGAUGACAUGCUUCUAUCUUGCAGAUACCGAGGGGACAUGUGUGGGCCACAGAAUUUUACCUCAGUUUUUACCAGAUAUGGAAAGUGCUACAUGUUUAACUCAGGAAGUGAUGAUAAGCCUCUACUGACCACUGUGCAAGGCGGGACUGGCAAUGGCCUUGAGAUUAUGUUAGACAUUCAGCAGGAUGACUACUUGCCAGUGUGGGGUGAAGCUGAAGACACAACGUUUGAAGCAGGGAUAAGAGUACAGCUCCACACUCAGUCCGAGCCACCAUUUGUACAUGAGCUGGGAUUUGGAGUUGCACCAGGAUUCCAGACAUUUGUUUCCACUCAAGAGCAACGGCUGAUAUACCUGCCACCACCCUGGGGAGACUGCCAAUCAUCAGCUGUUAACACAGACUUUUUCUCAAGUUACAGUAUCACAGCCUGCAGGAUUGAUUGUGAAACCAGGUACCUGGUGGAGAACUGCAACUGUCGAAUGGUGCACAUGCCAGGUGAUGCUCACUACUGCACCCCUGAGCAAUACAAGGAGUGUGUAGAGCCAACCUUAGCCAUGCUGGCAGAGACAGACAACAACUGUCUUUGCAAAACACCAUGUUAUCUAACACGGUACAACAAGGAGCUGUCCAUGGUGAAGAUUCCUAGUCGAACCUCUGCAAAAUACCUUGAAAAGAAAUUUAACAAGACAGAAAAGUACAUUUCGGAGAAUAUUUUAGUGUUGGACGUUUUCUUUGAAGCCCUGAACUAUGAAACUAUUGAACAGAAGAAAGCAUACGAAGUUGCAGGCUUACUCGGUGACAUCGGUGGACAGAUGGGGCUGUUUAUUGGUGCCAGCAUUUUAACAAUACUAGAGCUGUUUGAUUACUUGUAUGAGGUUAUGAAGGACAGGUUAAUGGACAUGAUUAGUUUCAAGAAAGGAGAGGAAGAAACGAGUCAUGAUGAUAAUGUGGUAACACUCUCCGUUAAUCUGGAUGAGCCACUAAAGCAGGACACAAGCUCUUCCCAGCUGAACUAA